AUAUUCUCAAUUAUUUUUAAUCUAAAAGUUGCAGCUCUUCUCUCUCUCCAUCUCUACAACCAAGGACCAAUCUCUCUCUCUCUCUCUCUGUCUGUGGAAGCUAAGGGAUUUGGAUUCUGGGUCAGAUUUUCAAUUGUUAAACAAUUUCUGAUAACUUGGCGGAGACAGGCCUUGUUGGAUGAUCUUUUGUUAUCAGUAAAGCAAUGAGCCGCCCGUCAGACCCCUCAGGUAAAAGAAGGUUAAAAGGAUUAUUGCAACAGAGUGAUAAUCGAGCAUGUGCUGAUUGUGGUGCUCCAGAUCCUAAAUGGGCGUCUGCAAAUAUUGGAGUUUUCAUUUGCUUAAAAUGUUGUGGCGUCCACAGAAGCCUCGGUUGUAAUGUAUCAAAGGUUUUAUCCGUGACAUUGGAUGAAUGGUCUGAUGAGGAAAUUGACGCAAUGAUUGAAGUUGGAGGAAAUUCUGCCGCUAAUGCAAUAUAUGAGGCCUUUCUACCUGAAGGAGUUUCAAAGCCGCGACCAGAUGCAAAUCAUGCCGAGCGUAUGAAAUUUAUCAGGUCUAAGUAUGAGCUUCAAGAAUUCCUGAAACCUAGUUUACGGAUUACAUCGGGAAAACCUGCGCUUUCUGUUCAAUCAAGUUUUUCUAGGAAGAUUUUGGAUAGUUUACGAAUUUCAAGCACAUCACGGAAUGCGGAGGAAGGGAUGGUGGAAUUUAUUGGAUUGUUGAAGGUAACAAUUAAAAGUGGUACAAAUUUAGCUGUCAGAGAUAUGAUGUCAAGUGAUCCUUAUGUGGUUCUCACUCUUGGGAAACAGACAGCUCAGACAACUAUCAUGGGGAGCAACUUGAAUCCAGUUUGGAAUGAGGAGCUCAUGCUGUCAGUUCCACAGGAUUUUGGGCCUGUAAAGUUGCAAGUGUUUGAUUACGACACGUUUUCAGCUGAUGACAUAAUGGGAGAAGCAGAGCUUGAUAUCCAGCCAUUGAUAACAUCAGCCAUGGCGUUUGGAGACCCAGAACAGUUCGGGAACAUGCAGAUAGGGAAAUGGCUGAAAUCACAUGACAAUGCUCUACUAGAAGAUAGCAUAAUCAACAUUGUGGAUGGAAAGGUGAAACAAGAGGUCUCACUCAAGCUCCAGAAUGUUGAAUCUGGGGAAUUACAACUACAACUUGAGUGGAUAGCUCUUGAUCAAUAGUUGGCCUUUAUUAAUGCCAUUGUUCUAUCCCAUUUAAUAAGAACUGUGUAAUAUUGAUUUGGGUUAAUUAUAUGAACUGGCAACACAUACUUUUUCUCUGAA